AUUGAACCGGGUCCAACCUCACGGGGAUCUGUUGAGCAUGGUCUCACUUGUGAUUUUUGCCUUGGCGACGAGCUGGAAAAUAAGAAAUCUGGGCGGCCUGAGGGCAUGGUUCGGUGCUCGGAUUGUGGCCGAUGUGCGCAUUUUUCAUGCCUACAGUUUACGCCAAAUAUGAUCGCCUCAGUGCGAACCUACCGCUGGCAAUGCUUGGAAUGCAAGACCUGCUGGCUAUGUGGCACUUCUGAGAACGAUCAUGCUUACUAG